GAGAGAAUGAGACAGAGAGAAUUUGAGACAAAUUGAGAGAAAGACAGAGAGAGAGAGAGGGAUGGGGAGAUAGUGGGAUUGAGAGACAGAUUAGGAGAGAGAGAAAUUGAGGGAGAGAGAAAUUUAGAGAGAGAGAACGAACAAGCAAGCGAGAGCGAACAAGAGAGCGAGACAGAGAGAAAGAAGCUAAGGAACGACAAAGCAAAACAGCAAAAUACAAAAAGUUAUUUGUUUGACUGCCCGCCUAAGAAAGGAAACGAGAGAAAAAAGUAAAACUAAGCCAAACACAAAUUGUUUAUAUCGCGCCCGUCGCUAAUCGCGGCGUUUAGUUUGAUUUGCACUGCAAGUGCAGGCGGGCGAGUCGAGUCGAGUCAAGUCGAGUCAAGAGUCAAGUGUCGAAGUGUCGAAGUGUCGAGUUGUAAGCCCCGUAAAGCAUUCGAUCCAUAUUGUUAGGGCAAUCAAUGCAGAGCAACUCGCUUCGCAUUCCAAUACAGUUUUUGUCUCAGAAUGCAUGUCUAUCUCGAAGAUUUCCUGCAUCUGCAUUUGUUCAACAUUUAUGACAAUAUGCAACGCUAUAACAACCCCAACACCAACAACCAAAACAACAACAGCAACAGCAACAGCAACAGUAGCGGCAGCGGCAACAGCCACAGACGCUGCUCGCAAAAAUAUGCCAAUGGCAACGUAACGACAGCAGCAGCAACAGCCGCAGGCACAGCCACAGCUGCCAAUUAUCAGCAGCAGCAAUGCAGUAACAACAACAACAAUAAAGCUGCACGCAAAUCGCGCUACAACAACAACAAGCGGCAGGAUGUACAAGGAUCCAGCAGCUCCUACAACUUGCAGAAACGCGCCAAUGCCGCCGGCGUUGCUGCCGUCGCCGCCGCUGCAGCCGCAGACACCGGCAACAAUUCGUCCUGGCAACGUUACGUAACUUCUUCAUGCAUCGAAGAGAAAUACCUGGGCCAGCAUAAUCCCGGACACCGGAACAGCACCAGCAGCGAGGCAACCAGCGAGGACAUUAACUCUAGCGACGAGCACCUGAACAAGCCCAAAUGCCGAGUUGGCAACAAUAAUAGCGGCAACAGUGGCAAUAUCGGUAGCAGCAAUACCGCUAGCUGCAACAGCAAGUCACGCUCGAAGCGGAAGGCGCAGGCCAUGAAGCAGGCUCUGGCCAGGCAAACAGUGCAGGGCCAGCAGCAGGCGCAGGCGCAGGCGCAGGCACAGAUGCAGACGCAGACGCAGACGCAGGUGCAGGUGCAAGUGCCACUGGAGCAGCAGCCCAACAAAAGCAACGGCAAGUGCAAGCAGGGCAAGUGGCGCAACAACAACAAUAACAACGGCAACAACAACAGCAAUGGCAACGGCAACGGCAACGGCAACAACUGCAUUUCGAAACGUGGCAAAGCGAAGCACAACAAAUGCAACAAUAAUAACAACAGCAGCAGCAGCAAGUUGCACAAUAACAACAGCAGUAACAGCAGCAACAGCUGCAGCAACAGCAGCAGCAGCAGCAACAGCAGCAUCAGCAAUCACAGCGACAACAUUAAGUGCCCCAGCAACAGCUCAAACUCCUCGUCGGCGGUCAGCUCGCCGGGCAGCUCGCCGAUUGGCAGCAGCUGCAGCAGCAUACGCAGCAGCAGCGGCAACAACGGCGGCAAGAAUGGCAGCAGCAAGCAUGGCGGCAAGUCGGUGCCCAGCUGGCAGCGCGAGGAGCGCCAGCUGCACAAGGCACAGCGACAGAACAUGAACUUUCUGGUGCCGCCGCUGCGGCAAUACGAGCGACUGGACAUUGACGAUGAAGCGCUGAUGCGCCAGCUGCGCCGCUAUCUGAUCGAUCACAAUCUGCUGCGCGUCUAUGGGUUUCCGGUGGCCAGCGUUGUACACGAGGGCGCCAUUGAGAUCUUCAAGUGCCUGCCGCACAUGAGCUUUGCGGCCGCGCAUGUCAUGGCCGUGGCCGAGACGGCAUUGACGGUCAUCAAUUGCCACGACGGCCUAAACACGAGCAAUUUCGAAUACAACAGCCAGGAGGCUGGCCACGACAUCAUCGGCGAUGGCGCUGGCAUCAUCAGCAGCAACAGCAGCAACAGCAGCAGCAGCAGCAGCAGCACAAGCGGCGCCAGCAACAACGGCAGCACCAGCGACAGCCCAACAGCAACAUCAACUGACUCCGGCAAUAUAUCGCCGCGCUCUCUCGACCUGGAGUCGGGCGGCGAAUGGAGCGGCAGCGAGUGCGAGUCGGCGCCAAGCGCUGAGAGCGGCUAUGGGCUGGAGCUAUACUGCAACUAUACCAUGGUCGAGCGCACUCUGGCCAAGCAGUGUGUGCGCUGCAAGCGCGAGUUUCUGGUCGACGAUCUGAGCGGACAGUAUUUGACGCGCGAGGAGUGCACCUACCAUUGGGGCAAGUACCAUCGCUGCUACGACGGCAACGUCUGGGUGAGUCGCUGGACCUGCUGCAAUGGCGCCGAGGAAACGGAUGCUGGCUGCACGCAUCACGAUCUGCACGUGUGGACCGGGUCGGUGGUGGGCGUGAAUGGGCCAUAUCAUGAUUUUGUCUAUACGCGACCGCGCAGCCCACACUCAGCCCGCAGCCGUGAGCCGCCCGCUGUCUAUGCGCUGGACUGCGAGAUGAGCUAUACGGGUCGCGGCCUCGACGUUACCAAAGUCUCAUUGGUGGCCCUCAACGGCCAGUUGGUGUAUGAGCACUAUGUACGACCCGAUGCCGAUAUUGUUGAUUACAAUACGCGCUUCUCGGGCGUCACCGCCAAGGAUCUCAAAGCGAACGGCUGCAAGACGCUGGCCGAGGUGCAGCGCGAUUUGCUGGAGCUCAUCGACGCCGAUACCAUACUGAUCGGUCACGGCCUGGACAAUGAUCUGCGCGCCCUGCGCCUGGUCCAUCAUACGCUGAUCGACACAUCUAUUGCGUUCCCGCACACCAGCGGCUUUCCCUAUCGUCGCGCACUGCGCCAUCUGACCAAAACGCAUCUGAAUCGCGAGAUUCAGAGCGGCGAUGGCGCCACCGGACACAGCAGUUUCGAGGACUCACGCGCCUGCAUGGAGCUAAUGCUGUGGCGUGUGCGGCGCGAACUGGCCGCCGGCACCAGCUGGGAGGAUUAGUUUUUAAAGUCCCACAACGACAGCAAAACGUCCAUGUUCUGGCCGCGGGGCGGGUCACAUUCGUUGUUUCGUAUCGUAUCAGAUCUAUGGGCGGGGCAACCCAAGUACUUUUAGUCUGUAAGACGUUGCUAGUUAUAGUUCAUUUUUGGGGCGAUCAGCGAUCAGCUGUGAUCGAUGAUCGAUGAUCGAUGAUCGAUGAUCGCUUCUUGUAUUUAAUCUCAGUCUAUGUUUGCUUUGUCCACCUAGCCUUCACUCUCUAACCAAUCACACAACCAACCAAACCACCCACCCACCCAUCCUUCAUCCUUCAUUCUCCAGCCUUUCUCUGUCUGUCCCGAAAUUAUUGCCUUCUCCGUAAACCCUUCACUGUGCCCCUUUCCUCCAGCUCCACAAAUCUUUUUGCUUUCUAAUUUUUCUUUUCCUUAAGCCCCGCCUGCCCCUCCCCCACCAUCCCCAUUCCUGUUUCAUCGACCAACUCAUGAGCCAUGGCGUUCCAAUCUGGCGAAGCGGCUGGGUAGCGCACUGCGAACUGAGAAAGAAACCCAACACGAAAACCAACACAAAUAAAACAACAACAAAAGCUAACAAGAAAAUCAACAA